UCGUACAGAGCAGGUGCUGCCGCGUGAGUGUCGGACAGGUAUUGAAACGUGCACGGCAAACAUUUGAAAACAUACCGAUUUCGCGUGUGAUGCCACUUACUUGAAGCCAUUAACUGUUUCUUCGCUGAAAGUGAUAUAAUAAACACAGAAACCUAGAGAAGUAGCCGUCGGAACAAUGCAGAAUUCUCCGGCAUCUUGUGCGUGGUAUCUGCCCUGGACCCUGGCAGCCCAGCAGCACCAGCAGAAGCUUCUCCAGACGAUGCAGUCCCCGUUCCUGGACAAGCUAGGCGCCGCAUCGGUGGGCGGUGGGAUAUUUGCCGCCCAGCCGCAAAUGCAACAGCAGCUGUCGCCGAACACGGCUGCCGCCCCGCCGGCAAACUACCAGCAGCCAGCUCUGCAUCCGAGUGCUGCUCCCGGAGCCCACUUCCCGAUGGGAUCACCCUACAACCUGGCACCGCAACUCCUCAACGCCGGACAGGCCCAAGGGUAUGCUGGACAGCUGAAUCCUACCCAGCAGUCGCAUCUAAUGCACUCCGCCAUGUUUUCCUCCCUGCCGAUGGGCGCCUACUAUUCGCCCAAUGCCCAGCAUGCUGGUCAUGCAGCCUUUGGAGGAGUUCCCCUGCCGACGGCCGCCCAGCAGUCACUCUUAGCCGCCGCUGCUGCCGCUGGAGGAGCACCGGGCCUGGGCCAGCAGACGCCCACUUCGGUGCCCGUCCAGAUGCCCGUACAGAUGACCCAGCGGGCAGCACCCGCCUCCUGUGUCCAGCCCCUGGUCCAGCCACUUAACUGCCUGCCCCAGGAGCUGAACCACCUGUCGUCCGCCAUCAAUAUCAAUCUGAGCAACGUGGUGGGGCUGCGGAAUCCGGCCCCACCGCUCUCCUCUAUCCAGAUCUUGCCAGGUACUGAGGUGCCGAUUAAUAAAAAGACUACUUCUCCAAGGGAGUCGGAAAUUCUGAAAGUGAAAGUCCCCGAAAAGCGAAAAACCGAGGAUAACGAUCAAAUAAAAGAAUUAAAAAAGGCUAAACUCGAGACUAAAGCAUUGAAGGCUAAAAGACCCGGAUUCACGGAUGAGAGAUAUCAAGAGACCUCCUACUACAUGGAAAAUGGUCUUCGAAAGGUCUAUCCAUAUUACUUUACAUUCACAACCUUCACGAAGGGCCGAUGGGUGGGCGAGAAGAUUCUGGACAUAUUUUCACGCGAGUUCCGAGCCCAUCCUGCCGAGGAGUAUGAACGUUGUAUCCAAACUGGCACCUUGACAGUGAACUUUGAGAAAGUGCCCAUUGACUAUCGGCUGAAGCACAACGAUCUACUGGCUAAUAUUGUUCACAGACACGAAGUACCUGUGACUAGUCAACCAAUUAAAAUUGUGCAUAUGGAUGAGGACAUAGUAGUUGUAAAUAAGCCAGCAUCGAUACCUGUGCAUCCAUGUGGACGUUACAGGCACAAUACUGUAGUCUUUAUACUUGCCAAGGAGUUUAAUCUCAAGAAUCUAAGGACAAUUCAUCGUCUAGAUCGUCUGACAUCAGGACUAUUGCUAUUCGGAAGGAGUCCCAAGAAAGCGCGACAAAUGGAGCAACAAAUUCGAAACAGGCAGGUGGAAAAGGAGUACAUUUGCCGGGUCGAGGGAGUUUUUCCAGAUGGCGUUGUGGAGUGCAAGGAACCUAUUGAAGUGGUUAGCUACAAAAUUGGCGUUUGCAAGGUAUCGCCAAAGGGCAAAGAUUGUACAACGACUUUCCAAAAGCUAUCGCAGAAUGGCUCAACCAGUGUAGUUCUGUGCAAGCCACUCACUGGCCGAAUGCAUCAGAUUCGAGUGCAUUUGCAGUACUUGGGCUACCCCAUUCUGAACGAUCCUCUAUACAAUCAUGAAGUGUUUGGACCCCUGAAGGGUCGAUCCGGCGAUAUUGGUGGCAAAUCAGACGAUGAGCUUAUACGAGAUCUCAUAAAUAUACAUAAUGCGGAGAAUUGGUUGGGCAUAGAUUGUGAUUCCGAUAUAUCAAUGUUUAAGAACUCAAAGGAUGAAACCGAUGGCGAAAGUCUCAGCAGCGAGCACACUUCCGUUGUCCACCACAGUGACGAUGAUGUGGGUAUAAAUUCACGGGAAACUACUCCGCCCUGUAUUGAGGCCCAACAGCCGGAACUGGCUGUUAAAAAUGUGGAACAAACCAAUAUUGUCAAAGAAUAUCCAGUUACAGCACCGAAGUCUUCCCCGGAAAGUGGUUCCAUGGAGGCAGUUGGCGGUUUUGGGGGUGAGAGCGGGUCAAAGUUGAACAAGGUCACCGUUGAUGAACACUGCUACGAGUGCAAAGUUCACUAUCGCGAUCCAAAGUCAAAGGACCUUAUAAUGUAUCUGCAUGCAUGGAAGUACAAGGGCCCUGGCUGGGAGUAUGAAACUGAGUUACCAAACUGGGCCCGCAACGAAUGGGACCACUUAGACUCCACAUGAGUACACUAUACUACAUACAUUAGGAACCAAGCAGACCAAAAUCAACAAAAACAUAUAUUUAUAUAUAUAUCAUAAAUAAAUACUGUGCCUUUAAGAUUGGAUAGCAUGCAUACGCUUCUGUUAAUGCAUUAAAAAUAAUACAAUAAUAAUAAUACUUAUGUACACAAAGGCGUAGCAUAUUAGAAUCCUAAACAAAAAGUUCACAAUCAACCACAAAUAGGCUAAUACAAGAGCUGAAAAGACGUGCAAAUAAAUUCGAAGCUUUUAUUACAAAUUAUUAGGUAUAUUUAUAUGUAUACAAGACAUGCACUUAUCUAAAUAAAUGAUAUGUGAAAGGCAAUAUUAUAAUCGGAAUAGACAACUUUAUAGAUAAUAGUUUAUAUCGAGUGUAAAUCAAGAUCAUAUACUCAAGCAAGGAUAUUAAUAAAAUUUUACAAAUGUUUCUUAGAAAA